CGUAGAGUUAACUUCGUUUACUCGGAGUCGAGUUUUGGAACGCACACCAAACCUCUACUCAAUACACAGUAUAACAAAAACUCCCUAGUAUCUCGUCGGUGUCGUAACUAAAAGUAAACGUAGGUCGUAGACAUAAUUUAACGCAUCAUAUCAUAUUGCGUCAAAUUUUAUAAUCACAGUGAUUAUUUUUUAGAAAAUAAGAGUUCCAUAUGGUUAACGUGAUAUUAGAAGUUAAUUGUAAAAUGGAAGAUCAUCCUUACACAACUUUAAAUUCAUUUACAUAUGUUGAUUGUGUGAAAUCUUUACCUGAAAAUGUUAUUGAAGGAAAAGAGAGUGACGAUUUUCUUAUACAAUUAUAUAAGGAACGAAGAUAUUUAUAUGAUAAAAGUCAUAAAGAUUUUCAGAAUAAACAGAUAAAAGAAAAUGCGUGGUUCGAAAUUUCUACCAUUAUGCAACAAAGAAACCUAGGUAAGCGAUACACACCUAAAUAUUGUCAAACAAGAUGUACUUCUUUAAGAGAUCAAUAUAGUCGUGAAAAAAGAAAUAUUAGAAAUAAUUCCAAAAGUGGAAGUACUUGUUCAAAACGGAGAACAUUUCCAUUUUUUACUCAACUAUCUUUUCUUGACAAUUUUAUUAAAAGAAGAAGAACUUUUUUCAAUGUUGAACGAAAUAGGAACGCACUUCAAUCCAUAAAAGAUACAGAAGUAGUAGCACAUGAAGAUAAUAAUAAUGAAUCGACUAGCGAAUCGGAAUAUGAACAGCAAAAAACUAUCAAAGUGCCUCAAAAAAGAAUUAUUAGUAUGUGUCAAGAUACGUCUCGAGACAUGGAGAAUCUUGAACAAGUAUAUGAUCGAGAUAACCGUACUAAACAAAUAAGUGAUUUAAGGUUUAAAAGACGUAAAAUUGAAGAAUCAAAAAGUAUUGAUGAUACAUUGACGAAUAUCAGCAAAACAAUUCUGAAUUUUCUCAAAAGUACGAAAAAAAAUACCACAGAUAGUAUAAAAACAAUUGAUCAGUCAUUUGCUAAUUAUAUUCGCGUACAUUUAGAAAAUAUUUCAGAACCCGAAAAAACAGUAAGGAAAAAGAUGAUAAUUGAUGCCCUUACAGCACCAAUACCCAAAAAAUAAUGACAAUUAUUGUAUUUUUAAAAAAUUUUUAAAAAUGCUUUUAAUAUUGUGGCUUAUGUUUGUAUUUAAAAAAUGGCUAGUAUUAUAAAACUUUUUAUUCUAUGUAAUAUUCUGUAGCAUUAGCAUCACUCUUAUAUGAUAAAAAAUUAUUGAAAUAAAGAUAUAUCAUCUGUUAUUUUUUUAUUUUGUAGUCGAUUACUAAAAAGUUGCAACAGUUUUUUUCGAUGGGUUUCUGAAUGCAGUGUAUUCACCGAAUGAUUGAUUUUUAUUUGUGGAUACAUGAAUUGAACAUUUCGUUCCAGUUCCAUUCCGUAACAGUUUUCUCUACCCAUUCAGUAAAAACGACCGAAAUCUGGUUACGAAAUAUAUAUUUCACCGUUACAAUUUAAUAUUUUAGAAAACUCACAACAAUGUUAUCGGCAAGAUAAUUGCAUAAAUUAUAUGUAUAUUAUUACUUCAACUGUCCAAAAUAAUGAAAUAUCGAUGAAUCAAGCACAUAUUUACCUAUGAUCGACGCGAUAUUCCGUUUCAUUUUUACUGAGGGUAGAGAAAACUGUUACGGAACGGAACAGUUUUUCUGGAAAAGAAUGCUCAAUUCGAGUGAGAAUCCGAUCCAUUAUUUUGACCCGUGCUUAAUGGGACAGCACCCUAAAGCGAAGCUCGAACUCCGAUGUCACCAGAGGUCGCUUUUUCCAGCGCAUCGACAUGUCUUUAUAUACUAUCAUGAUAUAAAGACAAGGGUAUGCUUGUCCGAUGGUAACCCAUUGCGCAGAUAUAGAAAAGAGAGAGUAAACACGUGACCGUCAACAAGUUAUGCGAUCUCGAGUGAUUUUGUCCUUGUUUAAUAUUUAAUAAAUAACAAGAAUGAAAUAAUGCUUAAAAUAUUGUGAGCGACAAAGCGAACACAGCCAUGGUCGCAAAUCACGAUUGCGAGCACUUCUAUUUAUAAGGUGAUUGUAUUUGAUCACAGAUUAACAUGAAAUAUAAAGUAAAAAACUCAAAAUUAUUAUCGGAAAACAAAAAUCAUCCGAUUAAAUAUUUUUCAUUUCCGAAAGAAGCAAUUUGUAUUAAAUGGCGUGAAGUCUGUGCAAAUCGAGAUAUUUUCAUUAUCAAAAGUAUCAUUGUUUUAUACUAUACUUAGUUUAAACAAUAGUUUGAACAAUAAAUUACCUCGAAAAAAAUAA